AUGACAAAAUUUGCCUGGGACAAUUACAGAAAGUACGCUUGGGGUCAGAAUGAAUUGCGGCCUGUCUCGAAAAGAGGUCACUCCGCGUCCGUGUUUGGAAUGGGCGACAUUGGAGCCACAAUUGUAGAUGCGAUUGACACACUAUGGAUAAUGGGUCUCAAAGAAGAGUACGAACAGGCUCGAAGUUGGAUCCUCAACACUCUAAACUUCUCUCAAGCAGCGAGAGGUGAUAUAUCUGUCUUCGAGACGAAUAUACGAUUUAUUGGUGGGCUUCUGUCGAUAUAUGCGCUGACAAACGAUAAAGCUUACAUAGAGAAGGCUGAAGCAAUUGGGAAGUUGUUGCUGCCUGCUUUCGAGACUCCUACGGGUAUUCCUUAUGCACUUGUUAAUCCAAAGACAGGCUCAGCGAAGAAUUAUGGCUGGGCAAACGGUGGUUGCUCAAUCCUUUCUGAGUUCGGUUCACUUCAGCUUGAAUUUGACUACCUUACAAACGUUACAGGAAAUAAGGUUUUCUCAGAGAAGGUUGGCUCAUUUGCUCGUCUACUUAAAGGCAGUUGACA